AUGGACACUGUGCCUGGAGUGAACCUGAGCUGCAUCCUGAAUGAGAUGAAAGCAUCGCUGGAGGGCAGCCUGGUGGAGAUGGAGGUGUGUUACGGGACCCAGCUGGCCCAGCUGCAGGGGCUCAUCAGAAGCAUGGAGCAGCAGCUGUGAGAGCUCUGCUGCGCGGAGCACCAGGACCACAAGCACCAGGUCCUUCUGGACGUGAAGACGUGGCUGGAGCAGGGGAUCGCCACCUACUGCCGCUUGCUGGAGGUUGAGGACGCCCAGCUGGCCACUCAGUACUCCUUGUCCCUGGCCUCGCAGCCCACCCGGGAAGCCACAGUGACCAGCCACCAGCCCCACCUCGAGGGCUACGGCACAGCCAUCAGCUUCAGCUCCCAGUAUGCUACUGCCACGCCCCGUGUGGACGUCUGGGCCCCGGUCCAUGACCUGUUGUCCUUCUGUAUCUACUUUCUGCAGCCCCUCACUGAGGAGGCCUCCUGGCGGGCCUGGCGGGACCCUGGGACCCAGGGCCGGGCUUGGGGUGGUGGGUAG